UUCAUCACCUGUUGAGUGAUCAGUUUUUCAAUAUUUGACAAAUCGUCAAAUUUUACAAGUUUUUCAUUUGGAAAUUGGAUAAAAUGUCUACAAAUCGUCCAUCAAUUUUUGUCGUUUGGUCAGAAGAUUUACUUCAUCGAUCCAUACGACGAGCAUUGAAAUUUAUGAUUAAAGUAUGUUUUGUUUUGUUUUGUAGAUUUCAAAGUUCAUUUUUCAAAUUUUUUUCCUUCAUCCAGUUUCUUUCAUCGAAUAAUUCAAAAUUUCAUAAUUUGGAACAAAAUUUUGAUGAAUAUUUUCUUGUAUUUGAUCUUAUUUUACAAUGGUCACAUCUUUAUCGUUAUCAAACAUCGUUUACCGAGUAUUAUUUUUCAUUAAAACGAUCACCAUUUUAUAAUCGUUCAGAUUUAUUUAAAUCUCUUUUACAACUUUGCCUAGUUCCAUAUGCAAUGGAAAAAUUGGAUAAUUAUUAUGAAAAAAUUCAUGAACAUUAUUUGAUAACCAAUCAUUAUUUGAAUGAUGAUGAUCAAAACAAAUUUAUUCAUCAAUAUUAUCCAUUUGUUCGAAAAUCCGUGCAAUUAUUACGUUUAUUGAUUUGGUUAUCAUAUGCAACUGGUGGUGAUCAUUCACAUUGUCCUUGGUUUAUACUUUUUUGGCCAACUAAUCGAAUGACACUUGUCAAUUCAAAAUUCAAUGAUGAUGAAAUUCCUGUAACGAAUUUUCUCUCGAAAUUAUCAUACAUAAUGAGCAAUAUUUUUAGCAUAACAUUUCGUUCAAGUGCUUUUAUCAUACAAUUUCUUGAUUAUUGGAAUACUCGAACUGAUUUAAGACAAAUGUUUAAUGUACAACAACAACAAACACCACCGGAUUUACUGCCACCAAUUUCCGGUGAUAAUCAUCAAAAUAAUUUCAAAUUAUCAUCGAAUUUAUGUCCAAUUUGUGGCCAAAAACGUCAAAAUGAAACUGCAUUAACAUCAAGUGGUUAUAUAUUCUGUUAUAAUUGUAUUCAUUCAUAUCUGAUGAAAAAUCAUCGUUGUCCAAUUACGGGAUUUCCAUCCGAUUUUGAACAAUUGGUUCGAAUAUUUUCAUAAUUUUUGGUUUAACAACGUAUAAAUUUGGCAUUCAUUAAUAUUAAUCAUCUGUGUAUGCGUGUUGAACUGAGCCGCUCGGUUUUUUUUUCUCCGAAAAAGAAAAAUUCAAUGAAUUUCGGUUCGCGUUUUGGAGGACACAUAUCUUAUCCAUAUUUUUUUGGCAAAACACUAAAAAAUCUUCUUAUCAUUAUUAUUGUUUCUUUGUUAUUAUUCAUUUAAAUACGAUUGUGAUAUAUAUAAAAAAUUGUUUGAUAAAAUAGCUUUGUUUUU